UGAGAUGACUAAGAGAAUAUUACACUUCACCUUGGAGAUCCUCCACCUUCUGACCGGAGAGGAUUAUACCAUAGUGAAGAAGACAUGGGGGGAGUGUGUGGCCCCCAGCAGCCAUCUCCAUGAGUCAGAAGGACAGAGCAGGGCCCGGGGCCCCAUCACAGAGCCUUCACCUCACUCACUGAUACAUGAGAAGAAGAUCCUAGAACUCACCCACAAGAUCACUGAGCUGUUGACUGGAAAGGUGACCCUACUGGGACAUUAUACAGUUCCUAUAAGGUGUCAGGAUGUGGCGGUCUAUUUCUCCAUGGAGGAGUGGGAGUAUGUAGAAGGACACAAGGAUCUGUACCAGGACAUAAUGGAGAACGACCCCCCAGAGAUGGAUGAGGACAGCGAACAGACGGCUGCAGAGAUAUUUGUCCUCACAUUGAAAAUAAUCUACUUGAUAUCUGGAGAGGAUUAUACAAUAAUGAAGAAGUCAACUGGAGAGAGUGUGACCCCCCCCAUGAGUCAGGAGGAUGGAGAAGGGCCCAGGGCCCCAUCACAGAGCCUCCACCUCACUCACCGAUACAUGAGAAGAAGAUCCUAGAACUCACCCACAGGAUCACUGAGCUGCUGACUGGAGAGGUUCCUAUAAGGUGUCAGGAUGUGGCGGUCUAUUUCUCCAUGGAGGAGUGGGAGUAUGUAGAAGGACACAAGGAUCUGUACCAGGACAUAGUCAUGAUGGAGGAUCACCGGCCCCUCACAUCACAAG